AUGCCAAAAGACACCAAGGCCACGAUCAAGGUUGCCGCUGUCCAAGCCUCGCCAAUAUUCCUGGACAAAUGUGCCACCACCGAAAAGGUAUGCGCCCUCAUCCGCCGCGCCGGUUCGCAAAGCGCCCAAAUCAUCGGGUUCCCAGAGACCUUUAUUCCCGGCUACCCAGGCUGGGUUGAGUUGCUUCCCCUACACACUGACCAAGCUGCUUCGCUCUUCCUGAAACUCUUCAACGAAUCGGUUGAGGUUCCUGGUCCUGAAACCACGGCUAUUGGGGCAGCCUGCAAAGAAGCAAGCAUGUACGCGGUUGUGGGAGUCAACGAGCGGCGAGCAGGUACAACGGGCACAUUGUUUAAUACCAGUUUGUUCUUUGGUCCGGAUGGCUCCAUCUUGCACAAACAUCAGAAAUAUGUACCUACGGUUGGGGAGAGGCUUGUCCAUGCUCCCGGUCAGACUGGUAGUCGAGCGUCUGUUAUGACUGAGUUUGGCGUGCUGAGCAGUCUUAUUUGCGGAGAGAAUGGGAAUCCCCUUUUCCAAUAUGCUGUUGGGUUGGACUACCCGGUUAUUCAUGUUGCUAGUUGGCCGGGUCAUUUUGGAGAAGGCAUGACUGUGGAUGGCGCCAUCAAUGUGUUUGGGCCUGCUGUGGCUAGUUCGGUGGGUUGCUUUGUAGUCCAUGCUGUAGGCGUUGUGGGGGAUGAUGCUAUUGAGGUGUAUGGCACUGACGAGAAAUCGAGACGGUUUUUAAAGGAGCAGCAGAAACAGUCUAGGGCGUGCGUGAUGGGCCCCGGAGGAAGGAUAUUGGCAAAGGGAAGUGAGGGUGAGGAGUUGGUGUUUGCCGAUGUCUGUGUUGAUGCUCUGGUCAAGGCAAAGUAUGGACUGGACUAUGCUGGGCAUUAUAAUCGACCGGAAAUAUUCGCUCACCUGUUUAAGAAAUAUCUUGCUUGA